CGAGCCGACAAGGUCACUAAGCGGUCUUAUCCUCAAGAACAAUGUCAAGGCUCACUUCCACAACUUCCCCCAGAGGUCACAGAGUUCAUCAAGACGGAAUGUCUGGCCAACAUCGGCGACCCUUCACCCCUCAUCAGGGCGACCAUUGGCAUCCUCAUCACUACCAUAGCGACCAGGGGUGAUCUCCAGAACUGGCCCACCCUCCUCCCAACGCUGUGCCAACUCCUCGACUCAGAAGACUACAACACUUGUGAGGGAUCAUUUGGGGCCUUGCAGAAGAUCUGUGAGGAUUCGGCUGACAUCCUGGAUAGCGACGCUCUCGAUCGCCCACUCAACUUUCUCAUUCCAAAACUGCUGGAUUACUUCAAGCAUGCCUCCCCCAAGAUCAGGUCACAUGCCAUUGCGUGUGUUAACCAGUUCAUCAUUAGCAAGACACAGGCCCUGAUGUUACAUAUAGAUCCCUUCAUGAAUAACCUAUUUGCGUUAGCAUCAGACGAAGACACAGAGGUACGGAAGAAUGUAUGCAGAGCAUUGGUGAUGCUCCUGGAAGUGAGACUAGACAGGCUCAUCCCACACAUGCAGAACAUCAUUGAGUACAUUCUCUUAAGGACCCAGGAUGGUGAUGAGGCCGUUGCCUUGGAAGCCUGUGAGUUCUGGUUGACAUUGGCAGAGCAGAGCAUCUGUAAAGACAUCCUAGCUCCUCACUUACCAAGGUUAAUUCCGAUCUUGAUCAAGGGGAUGAAGUACUCUGAGAUCGAUAUCAUUUUGUUGAAAGGCGAUGUGGAGGAGGACGAGAUGAUCCCGGACAAUGAACAAGAUAUCAAACCAAGAUUCCACAAGUCCAAGACACACGCCCAGCAACAUUCAUUCGAAGAUGAAGAGGGCGAUUCAGCAUCGGACUAUGGCAUGGACGAUGAUGAUGCACUAUCAGACUGGAAUCUUAGGAAAUGUUCAGCAGCUGCCCUGGACAUGCUUGCCAAUGUCUUCAGGGAUGAGCUGAUGCCUGUCCUUCUCCCGAUCCUUAAAGAAACACUCUUCAGUACAGACUGGGAAGUGAAGGAGUCUGGUAUCCUAGUGCUAGGGGCCAUCGCAGAAGGUGUUACAUUUGGUUUUGAUUCAGGUUGCGUGAAUGCGAUGAGCAUGCAUUUGCCUGAGUUGGUACCUUACCUGAUCGACUGCCUGUCUGAGAAGAAAGCCCUGGUACGGUCCAUCACCUGCUGGACGCUCAGCCGCUACUCUCACUGGGUCAUCAACCAGCCACACCAUCUCUACUUCCAAAGACUCAUGCAAGAGCUUCUGAGGAGAAUCUUGGACAGCAACAAGCGAGUGCAGGAGGCUGCGUGCAGUGCGUUUGCAACCCUGGAGGAAGAGGCAUGCACGGAGCUGGUGCCAUACCUACCCAACAUCCUGGAGACAUUGGUGUAUGCAUUCAGUAAAUACCAGCACAAGAACCUGCUGAUCCUCUAUGAUGCCAUCGGCACUCUGGCGGACUCUGUAGGCCAUCAUCUCAACAAGGAGGAGCAUAUAGCAAUCUUGAUGCCACCUCUCAUCGCCAAGUGGAACUCGUUGAAGGAUGAAGACAAGGAUCUGUUCCCUCUCCUAGAGUGUCUGUCAUCAGUAGCCACAGCACUCCAGUCAGGUUUCCUGCCCUACAGCGAGCCUGUGUUCCAGAGAUGUGUGUCCCUAACACAGAAGACGCUGGAACAAAUCAUGGCAUCCAACGCCAACCCGGAGAUUGAGCCUCCCGAUAAGGACUUCAUGAUCGUAGCCCUGGACCUGUUGAGUGGACUGGCUGAAGGUCUAGAAGGCCACAUAUCACAGCAUGUGGCUAACAGCAACAUCAUGGUCCUACUCUAUCAAUGUAUGCAGGACAAGAUGCCUGAGGUUAGGCAGAGUUCAUUUGCUCUGCUUGGUGAUCUUACUAAGGCUUGCUUUGAGCUGGUCAAACCAUGCAUCAAUGACUUUCUACCAAUCCUGAGUCAGAAUCUCAACCCAGAGUUCAUCUCGGUUUGCAACAAUGCAACCUGGGCUAUAGGAGAAAUCUCUAUUCAGAUGGGUAAGUCUGGGAAGAUUGGUCCUGCCAUGGAGUCGUUCAUUCCCGAGGUGUUGACACAGCUAACAGAGAUCAUCAACAGACCAAACACUCCCAAGACACUCCUAGAAAACACGGCUAUCACGAUAGGGCGGCUUGGCUUGGUAUGUCCUGCGGCAGUGGCCCCCAUGCUUCCGCAGUUUAUCCGACAGUGGUGUACAUCGUUACGUAACAUUCGUGAUAACGAAGAGAAAGACUCAGCAUUCCGAGGUAUCUGUGCCAUGAUCGCCAUCAACCCAUCUGGCGUAGUGCAGGAUUUCAUCUUUUUCUGUGACGCAGUGGCAUCGUGGCAGAACCCAAAGCCAAACUUGAAGGAGAUGUUUGCCAAGAUCUUACAUGGGUUCAAGAACCAGGUUGGUGAAGAGCAAUGGCAGCCAUUCUCGGCUCAAUUCCCACCUCCUCUCAGGCAGAGACUAGCCAUGCAGUACAACCUUUAACAUCAAAACAUGAGCUAUAUAAUGGGAAUCCACCACCACAGGCCAAGGGAGGUCAACAUACUCCUUGGAGGGUAGCGGGAGGGGCCAUUCAGCGAGGGAGGGGCCAGGCAGCGAGGGAGGGCCACCAGCACCAGGGCUCAGGAGGGGUGACCACCACCACCUGUUAAGGGAGGGGCCAGAGGGUGCAACUCAC